CUCGGCCGCUGCCGUCGCUCCAGCACCGCCGCCCUUACCCCUCCCAGUGCCGCCGCAAAACCAGCCCGCGGCCGCCAAGUGAGCUCAAUUCUGCGCGACAGUGCGUGCGCGCGCGCGCGGAAGGACGGCGACGUAAAUUACGGCAGUGUCUUGCGUACGUGGUAGUCGUCUGAGGCUUCAGUUCGCACGUGGCCCCCGCAGAGUCCCCGUAUUCCCGCUGCGCGUGCGGCGUCUGCCGUUUCUACAGCCAGCAUGAAGCGGCCGAAGUUAAAGAAAGCGAGUAAACGAAUGACCUGCCAUAAGCGGUAUAAAAUUAAAAAAAAGGUUCGAGAGCACCAUCGAAAAUUGAGGAAGGAAGCCAAAAAACGGGGUCACAAGAAGCCUAGGAAAGACCCAGGAGUUCCAAACAGUGCCCCCUUUAAGGAGGCUCUUCUUCGGGAAGCUGAGCUAAGAAAACAGCAGCUUGAAGAAUUAAAACAGCAGCAGAAACUUGAUAGGCGGAAGGAACAAGACCUGAAAAGAAAGCUUGAAACUGAUCCUGAUGAUGAGCCAUCUAAUGUUGAAUCUGUAGAGGAAUUUGGACAAAGCAAACCUAAGAGAGCCAAACUGAGCAAACAGAAUCCGAAGACAGUACAUUGUCAGGAACUUAAAAAGGUGAUUGAGGCCUCAGAUAUUUUGCUAGAGGUAUUGGAUGCCCGAGAUCCUCUUGGUUGCAGGUGUCCUCAGGUAGAAGAGGUGAUUGUCCAGAGUGGACAUAAAAAGCUGGUACUCAUAUUAAAUAAAUCAGAUCUGGUACCAAAGGAGAAUUUGGAGAAUUGGCUAAAUUAUUUGACAAAAGAAUUGCCAACAGUGGUUUUCAAAGCCUUUACAAAUCAGAAGGAUAAGAGGAAGAUGACCAAGAUAAAGAAGAAAGCUGUUUCAUUCAAACGUAAAGGCUGCAUUGGCAAACAGUGCCUUUUGAAACUUCUUGGAGGUUUUCAAGAGACUGUUGGCAAGCCUGUCCAGAUUGGAGUGAUUGGUUUCCCAAAUGUGGGGAAAAGCAGCAUCAUUAAUAGUUUAAAACAAGAACGAAUAUGUAACGUUGGUAUAUCCAUGGGACUUACAAGGAGCAUGCAGGUUGUUCCCUUGGACAAACAAAUCACAGUCAUAGAUAGCCCAAGUUUCAUUGUGUCACCACUAAACUCCUCCACUGCACUUGCUCUGCGGAGUCCAGCAAGUAUAGAGGUAGUAAAGCCUCUGGAGGCUGCCAGUGCCAUCCUGUCCCAGGCUGAUGGUAGACAGGUAGUUCUAAAAUAUAAUGUCCCAGACUAUAAGAAUUCUCUGGAAUUUUUUACUCAUCUUGCUCAAAGAAGAGGUCUGCACCAAAAAGGUGGAACCCCAAAUGUUGAACGUGCUGCCAAAUUGCUAUGGUCUGAGUGGACAGGUGCUUCAUUAAGUUACUAUUGCCAAUCCCCUACACUCUGGACUCCUCCUCCACAUUUUAAUGAGAAUAUUGUGUCAGACAUGAAAAAGGGCUUUAAUCUGGAAGAACUGGAAAAGAACAAUGCACAAAACAUACAUGCCAUCCACGGCCCGUCUUCAGCCAAUAGUAUACUUUUCUGGUCUUCGGGCCUGACAAAUGGAAUAAUGGAGGAAAAAGACAUACCUGAAUUGCCAAAACAGAGGCAACAGGGGAUACAGGAGGAAAGAGAAGACAGUGAAGAUAAGGAAAGGAUCUCAGAUAUGUCCCCUAUAGAAGAGACAAGUGAGGCACUGCCAGAGGAAUCUAUAGCAGGUGAACCAUCUACAAGAUCUCUUAUUAUCUUGGAUGAAAAGACUAAGGAGGAUGCUUAUGACUUCAGCACAGAUUAUGUGUAACAGAACCUCAUCCUUUUAUAAGAAUUUUCUUAACAUUUCAGGCUAACUGCUAGUGUUGUAUGUAACGUGCCAGUUUUGGUAAUGGCAUAAGCUGUAUAAAUUUUAUGAAUCUGUAUCGUGUACACAU